AUGUGUAUGCUAGCGUUCUGCGGUGUCCUCUUUGACGAGGGUGUCAAGUUGGAGCAGCUGAAAUGCUCCUGCGGUUAUACCUUUGCCGACAUACUUCGAGAGUGCUUCCUUGAACGAGAGGGACGACAGGAUGUGAAGGAGAGAGGGUGGCUGCAGAAAGCCCCGCAGACUGUGUCCGAGGCCAAGCAACAUCCUGCGAAAUUCGAAGCAUAUGUUAGAGCGCAGUUUGAGCUACACUGUAUCAGUUGCGGCCUGCGACGCCGUAUGUAUGCCGGCCAACCAGAUGCUGGCUUCGAUGAACGAAAUCUGCUUCGCGCUUUUACAGAAGUACUCGAGAUAUCCCGGGGCGAUUACGAAAGUCGUGGUUCGUCUGAAUCGCUUGCAGGGUUUCAACCCUCAUUGGCAGAUCGUACACAGCAGGAAGAUAGUACUCAGCAGCACGCAUACACACUUGAGCAUUCGCCUCAACAAGCAUCUGACUUCAGCACAAGCUUACAGCAAAAGGUGAGCGCGACGACUUCACACGAUGACAAUAUCGUUAGUGCCAACCCAACUGCACGACCUCGACUACCGAAGCCACAAUCGGGUCGCGAACGACCAAGAACGGGAAGUACAACGCAACAGGGAACUCGGCACGGGCGUCAUGCGGAUACAACGACCCUGAAGGAAGCAAACACGCAUGAUAAAGACCAAGUAUCCCAGAGGGCACAGUUAGUCAGUGGUGCUGUUCUCGACGAUGAGAUACCUUUUCGCGGUCUUACGAGUCAUGAAAGUCGCAAGCACCUCAGGAAGCCAGGAGCGGGCGAAGUUGGGGAUGAAGCAGGUGGUCGCUUGCAAAUAUAUGGGUCUAGCCCAAACACUUCGACCUUGACUGCGGCGCUAAGUCGGCAGGCAGCUGACUCAACGCAAAGCAGCGAACGAGAGAUCAGCCAAGCACGGCGUGCUCUUUCACCUCUAAUGAACAAAUUUCUGGCCUUCGAAUAUGACCAAUAUGAUAGCCUGGCCUCUUUCAUUGGCAACAGUCCCGACAUCCUCAAGGAAAACCCUAAUACUCUACAGUCGUUGAUCAUUAGCUGCCUCCAUCGAGGCGAGGCAGCAAAUGCUCGGCGGUAUGCACAACGUCUACUCAUGCUCAGAACCACUUGGCACAAGUCGCUUGCCAAGUUGAGCCGGGACACCCAGCUGCAGAAGGAGCUUGAUGGGAUGGUUGACAAAGUCCUCGAGAAGCUCGGUGAACAAACAGCUCGACGACACGAUUAA